GGUAAUAUUGUCAAGUCUUCGCCCAUAUAAAAAAUUGUAAAUGAGCGGGAAUCUGAUUCUUUUCGAUGACCGUUGCUCAGUCAAGCUGUGCAGAGAGCCUGCUCCCAGUGUUACCAAAGGUUCUUAUCAGGGUGCUCCGUCUGACCCAAUUCCCAUUGUUUCUCAUGAUCAGACGAGCAAAUCCAGCAGCACAAUUAGAACUGAGCCUAGAGCCGGAUCAAAGGGCUUGUCAGAGGAACAAAAAAACCUUGUCGGUGAUGAUCAAGAAAUAAAGCAUACUGUACCACUGUUUCGGUCCUCGGACUACAAACUUGUAUCAAAUAUUUUUAUUGGCCUGAUGAUGUUUCAGUACAUUUUGAUAUUCUUCGCUAUUCCUUUCAGUGAGGUUGAUAACAGACCUGCAGCUUCUGUGCUUCUGUGUCUUCUUGGAUACUUACUGGUAUGUUCAAACAACUUUUUAGCAAUAUUUCGGGUGGACUCUUAGUCUUGUCUGAAUACUCUCUGGUUUCAAAAUUUCUUACUCUAUCGUGAUAUGAACUAACCACCAGUUUUUACUUUGUGUGCUCAUGAUUCCAGCAGGACUCAUAAAUGUCCCGACAAGUCUCUCCUUUCAAAGCCUGUUGAUUUCAUGUUUGCUAAAAACUGUUGAUUUCGCAGCCAAUGUUUAUUCAGUGAUUCUCUGUCUUCGGGUGAAGCAGCCCAUGAUCGAGUAUACUUUUGACCUGGAUCGACU